AUGUAAAAAAGUAUGAGUGUCCACAUGUGGACUGUAAUGCGGCCAUGCAGGACAAGGGUGAAUAUGACAAACAUUUCCGAACGCACGAUAAACCAUUUCGUUAUCAAUGCAAACUUCCCGGUUGUGGGAAGGAAUUCCACAAAUCAUGCUCAUUUUCUAGACACAAGAAAUUCUGUCAACACAAACCUCCGAUUGAGCGAAAGCAUAAAUGUCGUUAUUGUACUGCAACGAUACAGAUGGGAAAGGAAUAUUCAAAACAUCUUCAAACGCACAAGGAACAAGGUUUAUAUAAAUGUACUUGGUCUACAUGUGGAAAGAAAUGCCGUACCCUAAAAUUACUUCGAGAGCAUUACGAGAAACAUCAACCUAAACUUCAAUGCGAAAUCUGUGGCUCUUUCUUAUCUUAUAAGAGAGCACUACGAGAGCACAAGAAACAAUACCACGGAAUUAGAGGUUAG